CCUUCAGGUUGAGGCUGGAAAGCGCAUGCGCCAGCUAGAUGGGCAGCGAGGAGAGCCGCAACUGCCAGUCCCUCGAAGGGGUUAGCUGUCGUUGAACGUCAGCACGCGGAUGCAACUGGCUCUCGGCAGGGGGGCGCGCGCCCCGCUGCGGAGCGCCGGCCCGUAGGCGCGGGAGCCUCCCUAUUAAGGGCACGCGACGUCGAGGCAAUAGUGCGCAGGUGCUUAGCCAGAGGCGGAGCCCGAGAGGCAGGCAGCGGACUUCCGGUUCCGGGAGCAACGAACAGCCGCGGAGGCGACAGCUACCGCUUCAGAGGAGGCGGCCGCGGAGGAGGAGGAAGGGGAGGAGGGCGAGGCGGGAGGCGCAGGAGGGACCCUCGCCAUGGGUCCACGGGCCUAGAGUGGCGGAAGAUACCGGCCUGGUGCCAAACUGGCUACUGCUGCUUCCUGUGGCCUCCAUGGCUGAGGACUGGCUGGACUGCCCGGCCCUGGGCCCUGGCUGGAAGCGCCGCGAAGUCUUUCGCAAGUCAGGGGCCACCUGUGGACGCUCAGACACCUAUUACCAGAGCCCCACAGGAGACAGGAUCCGAAGCAAAGUUGAGCUGACUCGAUACCUGGGCCCUGCGUGUGAUCUCACCCUCUUCGACUUCAAACAAGGCAUCUUGUGCUAUCCAGCCCCCAAGGCCCAUCCCGUGGCGGUUGCCAGCAAGAAGCGAAAGAAGCCUUCAAGGCCAGCCAAGACUCGGAAACGUCAGGUUGGACCCCAGAGUGGUGAGGUCAGGAAGGAGGCCCCGAGGGAUGAGACCAAGGCUGACACUGACACAGCCCCAGCUUCAUUCCCUGCUCCUGGGUGCUGUGAGAACUGUGGAAUCAGCUUCUCAGGGGAUGGCACCCAAAGGCAGCGGCUCAAAACGUUGUGCAAAGACUGUCGAGCACAGAGAAUUGCCUUCAACCGGGAACAGAGAAUGUUUAAGCGUGUGGGCUGUGGGGAGUGUGCAGCCUGCCAGGUAACAGAAGACUGUGGGGCCUGCUCCACCUGCCUCCUGCAGCUGCCCCAUGAUGUGGCAUCGGGGCUGUUCUGCAAGUGUGAACGGAGACGCUGCCUCCGCAUUGUGGAAAGGAGCCGAGGGUGUGGAGUAUGCCGGGGCUGUCAGACCCAAGAGGAUUGUGGCCAUUGCCCCAUCUGCCUUCGCCCUCCCCGCCCUGGUCUCAGGCGCCAGUGGAAAUGUGUCCAGCGACGUUGCCUACGGGGUAAACAUGCCCGCCGCAAGGGAGGCUGUGACUCCAAGAUGGCUGCCAGGCGGCGCCCCGGAGCCCAGCCACUGCCUCCGCCACCCCCAUCACAGUCCCCAGAGCCCACAGAGCCGCACCCCAGAGCCCUGGCCCCCUCGCCACCUGCCGAGUUCAUCUAUUACUGUGUAGACGAGGACGAGCUACCCUACACGAACCGCCGGCAGAACCGCAAGUGCGGGGCCUGUGCAGCCUGCCUACGGCGGAUGGACUGUGGCCGCUGCGACUUCUGCUGCGACAAGCCCAAAUUCGGGGGCAGCAACCAGAAGCGCCAGAAGUGUCGUUGGCGCCAAUGCCUGCAGUUUGCCAUGAAGCGGCUGCUGCCCAGUGUCUGGUCAGAGUCUGAGGAUGGGGCAGGAUCGCCCCCACCUUACCGUCGUCGAAAGAGGCCCAGCUCUGCCCGACGACACCAUCUUGGCCCUGCCUUGAAGCCCACCUUGGCUACACGCACAGCCCAACCAGACCAUACCCAGGCUCCAGCGAAGCAGGAAGCAGGUGGUGGCUUUGUGCUGCCCCCGCCUGGCACUGACCUUGUGUUUUUACGGGAAGGCGCAAGCAGUCCUGUGCAGGUGCCGGGCCCUGUUGCAGCUUCCACAGAAGCCCUGUUGCAGGAGGCCCAGUGCUCUGGCCUGAGUUGGGUUGUGGCCUUACCCCAGGUGAAGCAAGAGAAGGCGGAUACCCAGGACGAGUGGACACCAGGCACAGCUGUCCUGACUUCUCCCGUAUUGGUGCCUGGCUGCCCUAGCAAGGCAGUAGACCCAGGCCUGCCUUCUGUGAAGCAAGAGCCACCUGACCCUGAGGAGGACAAGGAGGAAAACAAGGAUGAUUCUGCCUCCAAAUUGGCCCCAGAAGAAGAGGCAGGAGGGGCUGGCACACCCGUGAUCACGGAGAUUUUCAGCCUGGGUGGAACCCGCUUCCGAGAUACAGCAGUCUGGUUGCCAAGGUCCAAAGACCUUAAAAAACCUGGAGCUAGAAAGCAGUAGACUGGAGGCUUCUACAGACUGUAGGAUUCAAGGUGAUAUUUGCAGACUGGCUUUAUGAGAGACAACACUGAUCUACUAGGGGCUGGACCCUAGAUUGGUUGCCAGGGCUUAUGUGUGAAUCAACCCUAGGAGGAAAAACCUACCACCAAACCAGAAGAGCAGGCCUAAGAGUACUUUGAGCUUCUAGAAGAAGUAAGCGGGAAAGGAAGAGAAAGAGUAGAAAGUUGGUGCAUCUUCUCCUCCCCAAGAGCCUGAGUAUAAGAAGUUGGAUUUUAAGGGUGGGGGAGCUGGGUUGGAGAAAGGUAAUAUAAUUAAAGCCACCACAAAACAACCUAAACAAGCCAUGUUCAUGAGUAAUUGUAAGUGGCUUCUGGAUGAGACCUGGCAGUGUCUCUACAUACUUCCUCAGGGAGAUAGCAAUUGAAAAUGUAAUUGAAUAAAUAAGGAAAGGAACUGCUAUUUGGUGUGUUCCUCUGUGGACCCAGUUUAUUUAAUCCUUAAAAUAAUCUUUUUGGGAAGACAUUGAUUUUGUCCAUUUAUGUGGAUGGGAAAACUGAGACUCAUUAAUUUGUCCAAUGUCGAACAGCUGGUGUUAGUAGAGCCUAGACUCAAACCCAGCUUUUAAAGCCCUUGUUCUUUACUCCACUAAACUGUAACCUGUAAUCCUGUAUGCACUAACAGGAGUUUUCGGUGACCUUGAAAACACAGAUUACUAUAAUUACUAUAAUAAAUCCCUUACAUUCCUGUCUUACAUUACAUGGUUUAGGGAGUGCCAAGGCUCAAUGUAGAUGGGGUCACCUUGUCAGAGCAUCUGUUCAUACAGAAACUGGGUUUCCUGCAGACCCCAGGUGCUGCAUAGGAUUCCUCAAACCCUACAGGAUAUAUCUCCCCACUGGCUGCUGUCCAUUUUGCUUGUUACCCUGACUCCCCCUCUUCAGCCAGAGCAGUCUUUGUAACUAAAGCUGCCAGCCUGGCUCAUCUUUUCUGACAACGUGCAUGUCCUGCCCUGUGAUCACCUUUGUGCUUGGCUCCUGCCCUCAGCCUGAAUGUGUUCUAGGAGGCUGAAUUCCUGCUUCGAGUCCUGCCCAAGGGCCAGUCUUGGCUCAGCCCUACCUCACUCUCUCCCAAUUCUUCAUUCAUAAAGUGCCAAAAAGAUUAGACCUGUAGGCCGGGCGCGGUGGCUCACGCCUGUAAUCCCAGCACUUUGGGAGGCCGAGGCGGGCGGAUCACGAGGUCAGGAGAUCGAGACCAUCCUGGCUAACAUGGUGAAACCCCGUCUCUACUAAAAAUACAAAAAAUUAGCCGGGCGUGGUGGCUGGCGCCUGUAGUCCCAGCUACUCGGGAGGCUGAGGCAGGAGAAUGGCGUGAACCCGGGAGGCGGAGCUUGCAGUGAGCUGAGAUUGCGCCACUGCACUCCAGCCUGGGCGACAGAGCCAGACUCCGUCUCAAAAAAAAUAAAUAAAUAAAUAAAUAAAAAUUAAAAAAAAAAAAAAAAAAAGAUUAGACCUGUAAUUUGUUAGCCAGCUUUACAGGGCCAGGACUGAGUGAGUGCCUCCUUAAACUUUGUAUCCUGUGUGCCUCCCUUGCCUUACCCUAGUCCCAGCCCUGCAGCUUUAAGUAAUUCAGACAUGGAUUAGCCAUUUCCCAGUUCUGUCUCAUACAGUCCAGCCUCUGCCACCUUCCCCACCCCAUCCUUUAUUCCAUCCUAACUAGUUCAGCCCUAGUCAAGACUGGAUAGACUGAUACUGCUUUGUUUCCCCCAGGAACCAACCACCCAACCCCAGUAUUCUGGUAAUUUUGACAAUGAUCUAUAUGAAAUUUAUUUGAUUGACAUUUAGACUCAUGAGUUAAGCUUCUGCCGACCAUUUAUGUUAGGGUACAAUCAGAGGAGCAGAACCACUAAGAUAAAGAUUGUGUAUAUAUGUAUUUUAAGGGAUUUAUUAUAGGGAUCUGACCGCAUGCCAUUGUGGGAGCUGGUUAAACAGUCUCUGUAAGGCUGUUGUCUUUGCAUCUAAUGCUGGAGCUUGAAGUCUGCAGGGCAGGCACUCGGGAAGGGAAGAUGGAUGUAAAGUGUGGGAGACCGAGGACACAGUGGAGCCCACGAGCAUGAGCUGGAACCCACGAGGAUGGCCUGGAACCCAUGUCAGUCUCUCACCAUCUCCAGCUUCGAUGAUGUGGGUGUCCUGCAGAAGAAGCUGGUGCCCUUCCUCACAGAGUUAAAUAUGCAUCUGGCCCAGGAAUUAGAGAAGCUGAAAGGAUGAUCCUGGGGAAGGUGGAGCAGCUGCAGGCCUGGCUGCAGGCCUGACUACUGCCCAUACCAACGAGGUGAUCUAGCAGAUACAUGGCAACGUGUGAACUGCAACAACGCCUGGUGCCCCAGCACCAACCUUCCAAGUGUAAAAACAAUAUGCUGCUGCUUCACUCCCGCCCUCCGGUUAUCAAGCAAAAUGUCUCUUGUGGCCCAUUUUACUGGAAGAGAGUUCCGGGAAACAUAGCCUCACCAAGGUGACACAUUACAAAGCCACCCUACCAUGAAUCCGCUCCCAAGGGUCUCACUGCUCACCUGAGGAUAACUCAAUAUAACUAUGUUGCUGAAAAUGCAAAGCUGAAGACCAUGGAUUUCAUGGUGAUUCCAGCAAGUGCAGAGAUUCUAUGAAGCCCACCCAGAAAAAACUUGCUGGUCCUGGCUAUUUUUGUGUCGUUUAUUCAAGUAUUGAGAACCUGGCCUGUGGUAGGCACUGUACUUAAUACUGGGAUACAGAAAUGCAAAAGAUACGGCCCAUGCAAUUUUAUUAAAUGCAUCAAUAUGUAUUACAAAUGGUGAAUGGAUUUCCAACUUUAUCAUGGAAUUUAAUGCUGAAUAUAUAGAAUUCAGAAAAUUGUUGGGAGGACAGCCCUUUUGUGAACCUUGUUUGGGGCACAGUAGGAAUUGGAAAUAAUUUAGUUUCUAUCUCUAAGCUGUUCUAUUUUAAAAUUAUUUUUAAAUUUUUAUUGUCCCACUUA